AUGUCUCCAUCAACAACUUCAACCAGCAAGUUAAAAUCAUCCUUGUUUGGUUCAACAACAUCUUCUCAAAAUAAUUCAUCGGAAUCAAAAACGAAUAAUCCAAUAUCAUCAUCAUAUCGGGAUCGAACAAUAAGUGAGCAAGAAGAUGAUUUACAAGAAUCGGAAUUUGAUCAAGUGGCAUUGGAAAUGGGAAAAUCAAGUCAAGCAUUAAAACAAAUUGCUGGGGAAAUGCGAGAUGAAGUGACUUCGCAGGUAAAUUCUCUGAAAAGGACCACUGCUAAUGCAUCGGAAACACAAGCAGGAAUGGGAGGAGUCAUGAAGCACAUGAAACAUGUAUUUGAAGUGAGAACUUGGAAACAAAUGUGGCAAUUAGUUGGAAUUAUUGUCGUUACAUUUUUCAUUGUAUAUUAUUCGAUAAGGAUUUCGUGGUAUUUUUUAAUGUCACCCUCAUCAGAAACCAAAUAA